CUGUGUAGUACCGGAAGUGGAGGGAAAUUCGAAAGGAAAAAAAAUACCGUUAUGAAUUUUACGUAAAUACUUAUUUACUAUGUUUAUUGUGUUGUGUUAUUGUAAGAGUGUGUCAGGGAUGAAAGAUGUCUAUUAUUGAGUAAAAAACAAGGGAUUUUUUGCGUGUUUAAACGCCUGGGCUGUAUCAUAGGAUUCCAUCUCAUGUCGCUAGCUCGGUUGCUAACAAACAUGGCUUGGCGUUUUUUUAUUUUCUUCAAUGCAGAAGAUGCUGUUUUACCUUUUUGUUGCUUUAUUUGUUAAAAUAAUGUACACGUUCGUGUUUGCUACGUAACUACAUGCUUUCUAUGCCAUCACCGCGCCGCAAGACGGGAAUUUCAUGGGAAAAUUAUCUAGAAACGAUCUAAGUGUGUAGCAACUUAGCUUCAGGGUGUGCUCGUGUCAAAUAUGACCAGCUGCAGCGAUGUGAAAAGCAGAAACCGCGGAUCUCAGAUCAAUCUCCAGACAUGGAGGUGAAGCUCGAGGUGCUGUUGUCGUCCAGCAUCAAGAGGAGAAAACCAUGGCCGAGAUUUUGCUGGCUGGGAAAGGAGAGGGAAGGUGUCUUCCUACUGGAUGACAAUCGGAUCAGUGAGAUCAACUUACACACAGGACAGACUAAAAAGAAGAUCCCAAAACUGCAACAAUUGCUGCCAAGAGUCCUGACAAUGUCCAGCUCUCAAAAUGGCAUGUGGCUGUCUGGUAUAUUGAUCUCUGGAGAGGUGUUUCUAUGGAACAGAGACAAAGAUUCUUUAAAGAUGGUCCCCUCUGUGCCUGCGGUGUAUGAGCUGGCCUCUGCUGCUAAAGCAACCUCAACGUGCCUGUCUUUGCUUGUCUCGGGGGACGGACGUAGGGUUCUUGUGGCAUCUUUAACAGGACAGAUUUUCCUCUGGGAAUGCAUCGUGCCUCAGGAUCUAAACAACUUUCGGGAUAACAAUGUCAAAGGACGCUGGAGUCAGGUGGAGCCCUCAGAAAAUUCACGGCUCCCUUCCACUAAGGAUAAGGAAGCAUGUCUUCACUGUCUGUUCGUCCAGAGUCAGUCUGUAGGUGAUGUGUGCCUGGGUGCUUUCAUCUUCACUAGUGGUGAGGAGCUGAUUGUCACCUUCCUGAAGAUUGAAUGGGAGGAGACAUUGAAAAACAGUUUGAAAGAAUACAGCGUCAACUGGCUGACUAAGUCCUACACUCUCAGCCAACUAGUGCCUCCAUGUCGGCCUGUGAAGUCCAGAGGAGCCCUAGUACCGGCAUACUCACCUGAUGGAAAACUACUAGCAAUAAUUCUUAACCAAAAAGACCCAAGGGCUACUCAGGUAUUAUUCAUAAGCACGCAGAAUUUUGUGACCAUAUCCAGCUCACUGGGAGGUUGUGGCAGUAAAAAGCUCUCAAUCCCACCCAAAUAUGUGAGGUCAUACUGGGUGAGCUGUGUGAGUUGGAUGCCAGAAAGUCUUUAUCUGGCCUGUAUACUGAAGAGAGGCUCUGUCCUGAUGCUGGGCCGCUUAGCAGGACUGGUCUCUCUCUCCACGAGUGGCUGUGACAUCGAGUUUGGUCCUGCACACUUCCUGCCUCUUCAUCCAUUAAUCACUUACAGACCACCAGUGACUUCACAGCCACCAGACGAUGCGUCCAGUUCCAGCGUGUCUCUGCAUGAUCCGAUGAGACAGCGUUACUCUGUUACCUGGCACCCGAGGCUGCCUUACCUUAUCGUGUCUGACGGCUACAUGGUGACAGUGCUGAAUCUGCCCAGCUGCGCUACCUCUUCCAAGCUGAUGAGCAGCUUCCUGAUGGAGAUGACUCAGGCGCUGGAGAGAGCACGCAAGAUCAUCCACUCAGAGCUGCCACAGGUGAAGUCCAGAAUGGAGUCCAUGUCCACUCUGAAGUUUACAUCCAGUCUGUUGGCACUUAAGCGAAAGGAGACGCCUGAGUCGACACUGCCUCUGUUUUUACGAGAUGGAGGAAGCACAGGAGGCUCAAGACUGAUGACCGAAAGGUUUGAGGACAAUGAUGACGACUCAGACGAAGGUCAUGGUGCCAGGUCGUUUAUGGAUGAUGGGGGCCGACUAGAAUUCGCCUCGAUGUUUGACACCCUACACGCCCAGUCCCAGGUUGAGUUAGAAGAUUCAGAUGCUGAUUUCUCAGCCCUUUUGGAGCAACUGACCAGGGCAGAGCGGAGCUUGCUAACCGCCUGGGCUUUCUGUGUUUCCCUUGAUGGUGAAACGGAUCAGAGCGAGCGUGUGCUGAAAUACAUCAUCUCAAGCGCUGUUCGUUUGGCUCACCUUCUCCGUAUCGCUGGUCCAUUAAUAAAACCUCACAAACGAGAUAGUGUGUUUGAAAUUUACAGGUCUCUGCUCUCCUUUCUGCCAUGGUGUUCCCUCCAUAAAGGUGGCCCCAGCUGCUUAGUGGUCGUCUCAGAUCUCGCCCGACAGUUUGUUCAUCUUUUUCUCCCUUCAUCUUCGCCCACCGUUUGUUCCUCUGAGAACUUCUUGGCAGCUCUUAUUGUCAUCCGGGAAGCAUCCAUAAUUCUGGACCUGACAUAUAGUCUACCUCAGAAGGCAGUGUUUCAAGCAAAACACAAUCUUUGUCCCUCAGAUAUCUUCUCCAUUCCAUUGUUGCAGGAUGAUGUGUGUGCUAAAACUGUUACCUCUCAGAUAUCCGGGUUAAACAGGCCAUCAAAUAGAUUGGUGGCGAUAUGGCGAGAUAUCUACAAAGAAGCUGUGCAGUACCAGGAUCAGUUGCAAAGCAAUAAAAGUUUAGCCAGUCAAAAUAAAGAACUUGAGAACAUGUCUAAGGUCCUUUCUCAGAUCCAAAUAUCGCUACAAGGAGCUGGAGACCAUCUUGAGGAAAGUCCUGCCUUGUACAGGAUAACAGGAGAGGAACAUUUCAUUUCUGGUGAGUACAGUGAGUGCAUCCAGGUUUGGCGAGAACAGCUGUGGGAGGAGAGGAUGAAAGCUGGGCCGAGGACAGUCUUCCUGGAGACGCGCUACUGUCUGGCUCUUCUGUUUGGCCUGCUGUAUCAGUAUAGGCUGAGGGAGGCUCAGGCCUUUUGUGACACCAUGGCCAAGCAGAUACUGACUUCAGAAGAUACAUUAGCGAUGCCCAUAGAAGGGGCUGGUUUUGAGUCGUGGCUUCCUCAGCAGGUGAAUAGCGAGGCCGCCUGUGCGGUGGUCCAGUCUCUCGGCAGGUUCAUGGCGUCCUACUUCACCAACCAGCCGCUAGCCAUCUUGCCCCCACACAACGUAGAAAUCCUGCCUCCGUUACAUCUGACACAGUCGACAGGGAGACGCACAGUGGCUCUAAGUCAGUCACAGGUGACAGCCGCAGUGAGGUCGCAGCAUCUCUCGGGCGUGUGGACGGUGGAGUAUGCUCUGGAGCUCCUCCUGCUGGGUGGGCUGUUAACUGAGGCAACAUGGUUGGCUCAGAGUUUGGGUGACUGGAAGAUGGCGGCGUCUCUUGGUCUGACUUAUACCACAUACUGCAGACUGCACUAUGAUUUCAGCAGGUUAAAAUGGAGAGAGUUGCACCUUCCGGCGGAGUUACAGCCUGGAUUUAUCUUUCUGACUCAGCUGAAGUCAUUAUUAGCCUGCAAAGUUUUAUCUGACAAAAAAGAUACGACAUUUGAAAGCCUCCCAGAUAUCGUGGAGGUCGGAGACAUGGAACUGCUCCACGUGUCUGCACAGGAGAUCCUGAAGGCUUCGGCCAUGGCGGAGGUGGACGUCGUGUCACAGCCUCUCACUAAGCUGUUGGAAUCUGCCAAGGAGCUUGCGUCUUCGUUCACUGCUCUGGUUCCUUCUGCGUUCUACCUCCCUGCGCCUCCUUUGUACUGUCCACAGCCUGCUCCAAACACACAGGACUCCAUUAGUGACAUCUUGUUGGCUUUGGAGAGGGAGUUACGCUGCCAGGUAGCUGCCGUGUUACAGCGAGUGCUGCUGCUAUUCAGAGCUGCUCACUGCUCCCGCCCAGCUGUGCAGUGGUACAUCAGCAGCCUGCGUCGAUGCCGUAGGCUCUUUCGGAAGGUCAGGAAAGGAAGCGGUCAUCCUAAAGAUGAAUUUCCAGAAGGUUUGAAGAAGUUCACUAAUCGCCACGGGUUUUUCAGCUUGGGGUCCAAAGACAUGGACAAUGUCGUCAUACAAACAAUAGCGUCCUUUAGGGAAUUAUGUGGGCUAUGCUGGAUGCUGCAUGUUCGGGACCAGCUCACAGUCUCCUGUAGAAGGUACCAAGCUGCAAGGAACAAGACUAAAGACUCUCAGGUUAUGGAUAAAUGCGUGCAUGAAUUGCGUGAGGGGGUCCUGCGCUGGGCUUGCCGCUUGAUGCCUUUCUCUCGCUUUCUUAAUGGAGAAGAGACAUUACAAGACUUAGUGCUCAGCCUUGUGUCCGAAUUACCCGCUCUUCCAAUGGUGGCAGAAAUCUUAGUUACGGUGUUUCCUGACGAAGAGGAAUCCGUCCGGGUGCCUCUGAGAGAGAAAUACACUUUACUGCUGCAGAGGUUAAGAUCCAGCACUGUACAGGGUUCUACUUCGCUACAAGCCACACAGGCCAGUAGUACACUAAAGGAAGAAGAGGGUGUGACAAUGGUGUUGCUGAUUCAGGAGCAGCGGAGGCAAUGGGUUCGACAGGGGCGCCGUCUGGCAAGGAGCAAGAUCCCACCAGAGCUGUAUAUCUGGGAGAGGGAGGAAGAGGAUGAGCGGGUCGGAGCCAACACCUUAUUUGACCGCUUCUCACUGUGCACUAGCCUGAGUAACAGCACACUCACAGACUCGGAGCGCCCCCCAAUAGGCAGUGAUGCUGACACUGUUGAUACACUGUCAGAACCUCAUUCACCAAAACUCCGGGACAGGCCUGAUUAUAGCUCUGCGUCGCCCAAACCUCAGAACACUUUCAAAUCAAAAGAUGGAGAAAAAAGAGACCGAACACAACAAGAACCUAAAAGUUUCGGCUUACCCUCUGUGGGGACAUGGAUUUUUGAGCUUGAAGACGAGGAGUAUCUUUGCUUUUUGGAGCUUUUCUUGAGCUACGUGUUGGAGAAGGACGGCCUGGACACGGAGGAAUCUGAGCUCCCUUUGCUGAGUAGCUUUUCAUCACGUCUGCGUGACCGAGAGCUUUACUCUGAUGCUUUUGACAUGCUGACAGCGCUCAAAAGACGACAGGCUGGCCGGAAGAAGGGUGUUCAGCUUCCUGUGUUCCGCGCUGGUGGUUGCUUUCGCAUGCUUCCUGAGACUCCAGAGCCGCUGCCCUCUAUCGGCCCUCCUCCAUCUGUUCUCAGUGAAAAUCGCACUGCUCAGACCAGCACUGGAGCGUCGCCCUUUUCUGGAAAACAGCCAGGUCUGUUUAGCCUUCGACAACAGAAAGCGUUACCUCUCAGACAGAAUGUAAUCACCCAGGAAUAUAGUUCGAUUCGUAACUUAAACCCAGGGAUCCCUCAAAUGGAGCGCUGUAAGACAAUCUCCUGCCCUGAUGUGGACCUGCAGCUGGAGCUGGACUCCAAAUUAGAGGUAGACUUUCCCCAGCUGGCCAGGCUGCUGGAAUGGAUGCUGCGCUGGGCGGAUAGAAGUGUCCUACUCACUCACUCCAGCAAGAAGAUGGCAGGCGGUGGUGGUGAUCCAGUAAUGAUUAGGGCUAAAGCCUCAGCUCCUGCAGUGCUCUCUGCUCUGAGGCUAUUGGAGAAGAGAUAUACUAAAGCUCUAUUGAGGACUGACAAGCAGUAUACUCAGAUUAAGGUCCCAGAAAGGGAAGCUCAAGCCACUCUGGCUCCGGUUAUGCCACAUGAGUUAGGCUGGAAGCGUGAGAGAGAGAGCAGCGUGGAUACUGGCUAUCCGUCCGCCUCAGGGGGUACUCCCAUCACCCUGCCUGAUCUGGACCCUCAGCAUGGACGCACGUCUGCGCCAUGUGAGGGUGAUAAGUUUCAGGAUGAGCGGAGUCUUUCUCAUCUGUCUGGGCGUGAGGACACGAUCUCUGACCUGGAGUUAAAUGGACAAAGUGUUGGAAGAGUGAAUGAGCCACUCAUAGUGGCUGAGUUGGACACUGACCGUAGUAGUGUGGAGAUCCUGGAGGAGUCUUCAGUUGAGCCAAAUAUUUCAUUACGGAUAAGAACAAAGAGCGAAACGCUUAGACCCAGGGACCAGACAUUAACAUUGGCGGAUUUAGAAAACUCCAAGACAUCCGAUGACUCCUGCGAAUCUCACUCCACGGACAUUGGCUCGUUGGAUAUUGAACCUGCAGAACCGAAAAGGGAACCAGAAAAUAGUCCUGUACGUGAGGUUCCUAAACCUGAACCUGUUCAGCGGAGAAAGCAGCAGCUUCCAGCCAUGUCAAAUCCUUUACCAGAACCAGCGACUGUAAGCCAUCCUCAAACAGUCCAGAAUGGAGAAAACAUCCCCCCUGGCCCAGUCAGACAGCUGCUCCAGGAUGAGCUUUUCCGAUUAGUACAACUGCAGCAAAUAAACUUCAUGAGUCUUAUGCAAAUGGUGGGAGCGUCCUUCGCCAACCUGCCCCUCUCCCACAGCAACCCACUGCUCUCACAACUCGGUGUUCCUGCAGUGCAACCCACACAACCACAAGCUCAACCCACUGUGGCUCAGUCCUCAGAGCCUCCUCCCCCUACCACCCAAAACACAAGAUUAGAGAAUAAACCAGAUACCAAUUCUGAGCUACAGAACAGGAAAUCCAGAGCUGCUGAUCAAAAGUGGAUGGAAGCAAACUCUGUACUGAGUACUCCUGAGGAAAUGAGUAGACCCAAUCCUCAGCCGCAGGAACUCCGACAGCUGACGAUUCGUUCUGAUUGGUCACGGAACAGCCAGGAAGACAGAAGUCAUUUUAUUCCAACCUCUCAAGGACUUCUUACCACAAUGGACAAUCAGGCCCCGCUGCAGGCGAACCAGCAAAAUCGUCCCUUUGAAAAGACUGUUCCCUUCUUACAGGGGCUUAGACUUCUCCGCUUGCCCCCUCCUCAAUCUCCUCCUGCCCAAGUCAGAGAGGCCUGGGGUCCUAAUCAGCCAAAGUCGACCAUGUACAGGAGUUCUGAGAGUUAUAUGGGGCGUGCUGAACCAACAACACAACCCUUAAAUUGGAAUCUGAAUCAGUACAACACACAAACUCAAUCUUACACUUCAUCAGACAGAGGGAAGGAAAGGGAUGCAGUCCAUCUGCCCCCUGCUCACAGCAGGCCAGAUAUGCGCCUGCCCUUGCUCCAUUUACCCCCUGACACCCAGGUUCGACCCAUCCAGCUUCCCCAGAUUCAGCUGCCUGUCCCAAUGAGGCUGGAAACAGCGGGGACCUUUGCCAAACCACAGCUACUACGUGUUGAGCCUGAACCAUCUCGUAACGGUUUCAGAUAUAGCACACCUCCUCUCCCUGUUCCUCGGUUAAUCCCUCUGGAGGAGCUGAUGGCCUGGGCUGCAGGAAAUAAGCAGGAAGUGAACUCUAACCCCCGACUCCGACUCCUCAAAGCAGACACAAUAACGCAGAGCAAACUCGCAGCCACGCCCUCCAGCAAACGGCUGAAAAGGCGAGAAGAUAAAAAGAAAGAGGGAAAGGUUGUGUCCUUCAGAUCGGAUGAUUCCAUAAUCCCCCCAUCUCAGGAGUCUGAAGAAGACAAAUCUACUCCAGAUGAUGCCUAUGCCAUUCCUUUAGGUUCCUUCAAGUCAAUGUUAACCGGUCAGAGGCUCCUGGCUGAAGCUCAUGUCACAUCAGCAGAGCUUCAUGCUUUCGCAUCCACACACAAGCGACCUCCUGAAAUCCAGGAUGCCUGCACCAACACAGACCCUACAUCACCUCGCAGCACCACCGAUAAAGCUGUUACAGCUCAGCUUCCUGUGUGUCAGUCUUCAUCUGCACGUGCUGGACAUGAGGAUAUUAAUGUCGCUCCUAGUGUUCCCAUCGAGGUGUGCCUGAACAUUCACUCCACUGAGGAAAUGGUUCCAGAUAAAGCAGAUAUGAGUGCUCAUGGCCAAGAGAUCAUCAGUGUGACCGAUCUGGAGGAUGACUCUGUAUCCCAAACCCCUGUCCAGCGCCAAUCUCUUUCUCCACCCACAUCUGCUCAGCUUCACCUUCUAGCAGCGUCUGUGGUCAACUCAACUGAGACCGGAACGGAAGCGCACACUAAUGAAUCGCCAGGUUACUCAGUAACAUUCACUCCUCCUGCACUUGUGCUCUCAGUGCCAGAGCCCAUCGGAGAUUCAGUCACAGAAAAGAUGCUGACCGAAUUCGACACUCAACAUCAGGUUAAGUCAGGGGGCCGCUUAGCAGACCAUGCGUUUUCUCGCAGACAGGUUUCGUCUCAUCUCUCCGAGAUGGAUGCCCGACUGGCGGCCCUCCAGAGCAUUGCUGAUCAAAUGGACAAAGAAUUUGCCGACACCAGGCUGCUGGUAAAUAACAUAGACGCUCUUAGACCCGUUAUGGCGGCCAGUGUGGAAGAGGAGCCUCAUUCCAGCAUGCAGAGAGUUACAAAGGAAGCAAAGAGACACACAGCUCGAGUGACCAUGAAUGAAGAGGACGAACAGCAGGGGGAGAGACGAUUUUUGACUUCCACACCAAGAGGUAUUUUUCCAAGUGUUUGGAGAGGGCGUUCAUCUUUAGACUCAGCCUCACUGUUCACACAGAACCCGGUCCAACAAGACCACGUUAUCCCUACAGUGACAUCUGAUCAACCUAUUGGAGAACUGAGCCAAGAAUUGACUGGAUCACUGAUGGAGAAUUCAGACCUACUAGAUGAAAACAUUUUGUGUAUGACUGGACUGAGUGAUGUUGCGGACAUCUUGGAAGAUUUGGUGAAAAAAGAGGCGCUCUCACCCUACGCAUUCCAGCACUCUCCCUCCAUGACUGGGACGAGAAGCAAGCCAGAGGUGCAGCAGAAGAGAGCCAUGAUGGAGGAGGAAAGGAAGGAGCUGAGGACGUGGAUGAGGAGGAAGCAGCGAGAGAGACUGGUCGAGUACCACAAACAGAGGCAGGAGAAGAGAGAAGGGGAACGCGUUCCCUUUAGACCUCCUAAGCAAAUGAACAUGUCCUCUAGAGACCUGGAAAUUAACAGGAAAGUCAAAGAGGAGAGAAACAAGGCAGCUCUUCUGGAGCAUCACUCCCAGAGAGCACAUGAGGCUUGCAGUCUUAUCACAGACAUGCUUAGUACCCCGCUCAUCCUCCCUGGUCCUUCCAACAGCACGACCAAGACCCAAGAUUCUAGGCCUAGGUUUAGGACGCAGUCAAAAGGGUCUCUUAGAAAAAGCCCUAAAAGCCAAAGAGGGCAAGCGCACUCCGUUCCAUCGUUCGGGAAAACAGUGGUACUGCAGAAGAGAGGUGCAUCAGCUCCACCUGUGACCCUGAGCAGGAAAUUUGGACUCCAUAGGCCAGUGAGCGCACUUCCUGGCGACCGGCUGUCGCAGGUCACACGGCGAGGCAUGCUGACUGACCUGAGAGAUAGACCGAGGCCACAGACAACCAUCCAGCUCCCCAAAUCUGGGCUAAAUAAAUCCUCAGUGGAGCUGAAAACUGUAAGAGAGUUAGAGGAGUCAAUGUUAGAGGACGAAGAGGAAAGAGAUGUUGUAAGUCCGUGGGAUGUUCCUCUUGAGAUCCGCAGAAUUCUUGCGCUUGACAACCGAGUCAAGUCACAGGGCUUGGUGGAGAACGACGAUGAUUGGCUGGAGGCCCUUUCAGAAAGCACCGGCAGCAUUUUGAGUAAGAUAGAUUGGGCGGCCAUAGAGCGGAUAGCGGCUGAAGAAGGAGACGUUUGAGCUGAUUCAAUAAGAAUAAAGCUUAAAAAUCUAAAACAUGUUACAAAAGCAUUAAUGGUGUGUGCUUUGAUGAGUUUACAGCACUUGUUAGCAUUGAUUUUUGCUUGUAUAUAUAAAUAUACUGUAUAAGGGAGUGUAUGUGCACGGUAAACGCAUUUGUAGCAUUUUAAUAAACUGUCAGGUACACUUUAUCAAAUGCUGUAUAUUUUAAAUAUAAAAGUACACAUAAUGAAAUAGACUUGUGUGCUUGAUGUAUAUAUUUUUUAUUUAUAUUUGAUUUAUCCUACAUUUAGCAUGGUGUGUAAAUAAUUCGAUUUGACUGUGUAUAUUUAAU